CUUCCGGGUCGCGGCGGACGUCGUUUCCGUAGCAGCAUGGCGGCCACGGAGGAAGAGCGGCCGGCUGGGAGUGGAGAGGGAGAGCGGCUGGAUUUUCUACGGGACCGGCACGUGCGGUUCUUCCAGCGCUGCCUCCAGGUCUUGCCGGAGCGCUACUCUUCGCUCGAGACCAGCAGAUUGACUAUUGCAUUUUUUGCGCUCUCCGGGCUGGAUAUGUUGGACUCCUUAGAUGUGGUGAACAAGGAUGAUAUAAUCGAGUGGAUUUACUCCCUGCAGGUCCUUCCCACAGAAGACAGAUCAAAUCUAAAUCGCUGUGGUUUCCGAGGCUCUUCAUACCUGGGUAUUCCAUUCAAUCCAUCAAAGAAUCCUGGAACAGCUCAUCCUUAUGAUAGUGGCCACAUAGCAAUGACCUACACUGGCCUUUCAUGCUUAGUUAUUCUUGGAGAUGACCUAAGCCGAGUAAAUAAAGAAGCUUGCUUAGCAGGCUUGAGAGCCCUUCAGCUAGAAGAUGGAAGUUUUUGUGCAGUACCUGAAGGCAGUGAAAAUGACAUGCGAUUUGUAUACUGUGCUUCCUGUAUUUGCUAUAUGCUCAACAACUGGUCUGGCAUGGAUAUGAAAAAAGCCAUCAACUAUAUUAGAAGAAGUAUGUCCUAUGACAAUGGGUUGGCACAGGGAGCUGGACUUGAAUCUCAUGGAGGAUCAACUUUUUGUGGCAUUGCAUCACUGUGCCUGAUGGGUAAACUAGAAGAAGUUUUUUCAGAAAAAGAAUUGAACAGGAUAAAGAGGUGGUGUAUAAUGAGACAACAAAAUGGUUAUCAUGGAAGACCUAAUAAGCCUGUCGACACCUGUUAUUCUUUUUGGGUGGGAGCAACUCUAAAGCUUCUGAAAAUUUUCCAGUAUACUAACUUCGAGAAAAAUAGAAAUUAUAUCUUAUCAACUCAAGAUCGCCUCGUAGGGGGAUUUGCCAAGUGGCCAGAUAGUCAUCCAGAUGCUUUGCAUGCAUACUUUGGAAUUUGUGGCCUGUCACUAAUGGAGGAAAGUGGCAUUUGUAAAGUUCAUCCUGCCCUGAACGUAAGCACACGGACUUCGGAGCGCCUUCGAGAUCUCCAUCAGAGCUGGAAAACCAAGGACUCUAAACAGUGCUCAGAGAAUGUACACAUCUCCACAUGACUAACUUUAGAUUGGGAGGGUGGGGGGAUUUGUAGCCUAACUGUAGCUCAAGGUUAAAAGCCAUGUAUAACCAAGUGUGCUCUUUUUUUUAAGAGGUAGAGUCUUACAAUCGAAUCUUGUGCUGAUGUCACUUUGGUAUAUGGUCUUGAGCCAGUAACCUUCGUACUAGGUUUCAAGGAAAUCUUUGUUGAAGUUUGAACCACAGUGGACUCUGUUGUGGUUCUUAAAUGUUUAUAUACUGUAUUUCUAAGUUCUCUGAGGCAAACUAACUGUAUGUAUGAAGGUUAUCUUUUUAAAAAGCUCUUCAGUACAAAAUUGUAUCAUAAAUACAAAUCUUCAAAAGAAGUUUACAGUUCACAUAGCAUUGAUAAUCUUCAGGUGAACACUUAGUGAUCAUUUAAAAAGCUUGACUGCUGAUGGUAGAACAUUGCUUUAAUGAAUUAAGUAUCUGGGAUUAUUCUUUGAAAACAGAUGAUCCCAUAAUUUUUAAAAAGAAGACUUAUUUUGACUUAAGUAAAAUGUGCCAAUUAAACUUUUGUGGCCUAUACAAAUGAAAUUAACUUCAUAGCAAGAAUGAAUAGGCUUAACUAAUACAAUAAUUUUCUAAAGGGAGAUUGUUUUAAGAAGACUAUUAUGUAACUGAGGGACAAGUAAUAUAACUGUAUGUGAUUGUGAAUGGGGAAGUUUUGUGCUGUGCAGGUCAUUUAUUUUAGAUGUUGCUGGGGUAAAUAACAGUUAUGUUUGAUGUUAAUCUCAAAUCAUUAGUUCCUUUUUUUCCCUUUCUGCAGAGAAAACAGUCUUAUCUAGAAGGAAAGCCAUUUAAUGGUUUUGUUUCUUUUUCUGAGAUAUGUGAUACUGUAAAUUAUACUUGUACUUUUAUAACUGAGUUAUUUUUAGCCAUUUGGAUUCUUAUUUUUAGUUUGUUGCCCCAGUGUGUUAGCUGCUCAAAUUUCAAACUGAUGAUUUUCUAAUUUUUUCAAAUGAAAUAAGUAAACAUUUAAGUAAAAAAAAUAGCACCACUCAAGUAAAGUUAAUGGUGUAGCUCCAUACACGGUCAUUCAUAUUUUUGUAUUUUCAGGUAAGUGGGAAGGAAGUGUACCAUUUAGGGGUUAAGGACUGGGGUUUUGCUUUUCUUUGUUUUGUUUUCUUCAUUCUGUGACCUAGCUAAUUGUAAAGGAAUUAGUAUAAAAACUCAUUUUUAUUAGUAAUCAAUUUAUCAAUAAAUUACAUCUGUCACUGUU